CACACGAGUCAUUUUAUAUCGCGGACGUAGCUGUGUUUUCAGUAUUCGAACAAAUAUUAUUCGCCUAUUUUAAUUUCUCGUGGGGUUCAAAUUUUGGAUUUUAAUUUUUUAUGUAUUUUUAAUUAUCUUACUCAACAAAACGUAACUAUUUGAAUACUUUAAUUGUGAUUUAAAUUGGGACAUAUAGUAAACUUUUUUAAAACAAUUAAUGUUGGUUGGAUGAACAAAAGUUCUAAAUAAAUGUUUUUUUUUGCAAUGCAUAUCUAUGAAAUCAAAAUAUUUAAUUUAUUUGCUUUCCUGUUAAUAUGUAUUAUUUUAUUCAUCAACCAUACCCUUAACCACAAGCAGUUGUUUGUGUCUUCUAUAAACUAAUUGGCUACCAAACUAGACUUUCUUGAACUAAGGCCAAAAAAUCCAAUUAAAAGAAUACAAAUUUAAAGUGCUCCCUGGCUGAUAUAUAGUGAGUGAAAAGUAAAACAAUUUGGAGACAAAUGAUCUGACAGUUGCCAAUAUCUAGCGAGCAAAUUGUCGCAGUUUUACCGGUUUCGGACGCAUUAUGCUCAAGGACAUUGGCAGCAGCAGUGCAAACGGUAAUGGCAAUGGCAACAGUGGCCAUAAUGUUGGCAGUGGUCAUGGCUUAGUCAGUGGACUCCAUUCGAGUGACUCCUCCAGCGGAAUUGGCAGUGCCAGCAGUGAAAAGUUGGGAACACGCAGCGAUGAGGCCAACGCCAAAAAAGGGAGCAAUGGCGAAGGCGAUGCCGAUGAGGAUGAGGACGAGGAUGACGAUGACGACGACGAUGAGGAUGAAACUACGGCAGAGUCCCCUCUUCUGCCCCUGAAGGACGACGAGCCAUCGCCCCCUCGAGUCCAGAGCUCAUCGCACAUAUCAGCCAGUAGGUCACCCCACCAGUACAGCACCCUAGCCGGUGACCUCCAGCAGCACUCGCCACCCACUUCUGCGCCCAGCGAGCUGACCAACUGUCCAAACUCCCUGGCCUCCAGUAGGGAAAAUCCGGAGGGAGAGACCAACAACAACAGCACUAGCAACAACAACAACAACACCAACAACAAGGACGAGUUCUACAAGCACAUUUCGGAAAGGGAACUUCCCAGUCCCACCCACAAGCAGCAUCACGAGUACCAGCUAUAUCCCAACGACACCUUCGCUCGACUGGAGGGAAAGGCCCCGAAGCCAAACACCAAGAUGCAGACCAAAGUGGACGCCGUGGGCAGGAUCACCGGGCCGUGGGGCAAGUGGCAACUGCGGACGGUACUGCUCAUAUUCCUCUGCAAGAUCCCAUCCUCCUGGUUCAUGGCCUGCAUCAUUUUCACGGCCCCAGCUCCGCGACACGGGGAAUUUUUCUGCAAGCCACCGAACACGAUUGGCGCCCAGAACCAAACGCAGUGGAUCAAGGUUUCGCAUCCGCAAAAGGAGGAGAGCGACGAUCAGGAGUUCAGCAUCGACUUCUGCAAUGUUUACCAGGAUGCGCAGGAGCACGCCCAUCACUACUACAACUACGAGAACAGUGACCAGGAGCCGCGGGUGUGGGAGAAGCCCCUGCACCGCAACUCCAACGUGAUCCCCUGCACGGAGUUCCAGCACGAGGCCGACUACCACUCGGUGGUCACCCAGUACGAUCUCGUCUGCUCCCGGGACAUCCUCGUCUCGGUUACGCAGUUCUUCCAUCUGUUUGGUGUCCUCACCGGCGGCAUCCUGGCCAACCAGCUGCUGAAAUACUUCAGUCCCCGAAAUGUGAUGCUCUUCGGCAUGAUCACACAGAUAUUUUGCGGCAACCUCACGGGGCACGUGGCCUCCUACGAGCUGCACGUGUUCUUCCGCUGCCUCUCCGCCGUUUGCUGUGCCCAGAUGUACACCGCCGGUGGCCAGAUCAUGGCCGACAUAACGGGUGGCAAGUACCGCACCUGCGUCUCCACGCUGUUCGAGCAGUUCUGGUCCAUUGGCGUGAUGAUGCUGCCCGGAGUGGCUAGCUUCUGGUCCAGCUGGUCCCACCUCUACAUGGCCAUCUCGUGGCCCACUGUGAUACUCAUCUAUCUGUGGCAGUGGAUUCCCGACUCCCCGCGCUGGCUGAUCGCCCGCGGACGCACACAGGACGCCAAGAAGAUCCUGCUGGAGUGCGCCGAGGUGAACGGGACGCGAUACAACCUGCCCCACGACAUCGACAAGCAGCUGGAGCUGCAGGCGCAGACGGCGAUGGACGCGCCUCCGCCGAGUGGGUGGUGGUCAAUGUGGAAGGGCGAGCGGGCGGUGCGGCACAUGGUGUGCGUGCAUCUGGCCUGGUCGCUCUACAUUGUCGUCUACUACGGCAUGCUGCUCAACAUCCGCUCCUUCAGCCGCGACCACCUGUACAUCAACACCUUCUUCGCGGGCUUCAGCGAGAUGAUGGGCACCUUCUUCGGGCUCUUCCUGAUCCUGAAGACCACCCGCAAGUGGUUGUGGACGGGGCUGUUCAACAUCGUGGCGGGCUGCAUCGCCUACUGUGGCUGGUUGGUCCCGAAGCCCAGUGUGAUUGGACUGGAUCCCAAUGUGGCCCUGCUGAUGUGCUCGGCCAUGGUCUCCAAGAUGGCCAUCUCCACAACGCUUAGUAUUCUGACCACCUGCACGGUGGAACUCGUCUCGGAUGACAAAAAGAAAAUCACCUCCUUCUCCACCAUUUGCUGGGCCCGUUUUUGGCUGCUGGGAGCACCCUUCAUUGGGUCCACAGUGGUCUUCGGUCAGCUUAUUCCCCAGACGGCCUUCGCCUCUCUGGCCAUUUUCGGGGGCUUGUGCACCGCCUUGAUAAGCAGUCCUAGAACACAUCCCAUCUCCAGACCCGCUUCGCCGGCUGCCCAGGGCGCCCAGAACAUGGCCUCCCAGUUCACCAUCAUCGACGGCAUGGACAACAAGGGCUAUACGCCAACCACAAAGCCGAUCCACUCGAACAGCGCCAUUAGGAAACUGACCACGCCGCAAUCGAAUCUACCUCCUCAACUGAUGCCCGGCAUUUGGACGACCAAGAUAAACGAGGAUGGCCCACCAAUGUGAACAGUUCUUGCAAAGUGACGAUGGGUUGAAGUGGUGUUAGGCUUGACAAAAUGCAAGAACCAUUUCCCUAGCCAAGGGUAAGCUGUUCAAUAGCACUACUAAAUGGAAGAAGCAUAUGUUCAAAAGUAAAUUAUUGCUAGAUUCACAGCUAGGACUUUGGUUUGGUUCACUUUGGUGGUGCUGUGACCUGUAAACUAUAGUCUACAAAUUUGAUAAGCACUAUAUACUUAUAUCCCGUUUAAUAACAUUAGGGCAUAUUCUUUAGUAAGGCAAACUAGCAAACUUUCCUAAGAGUAAAAGUCAAGUUAGGUCUUUUUGCACACUUUAGUAGGAGCUCAACUUUAUCCCAUACCCUAAAUCGGGAUGCUCAAAUGUGAAAAUCUACGGCACAUGAAGACAAAGGUACAUUUUUAAGUAGGCAACUCUUAAGCUUAAAGCUGUGGAACAGAAUCCUCAACCAAACUGUUUUAAAAAGGAAAAGACGCUCGCAAAUACAACCCAUAAAUGGUAACAGCAAAAAACGACAUAUACUUUUCAUUAAUAUUAACUUUAGGACAUAGUUCAUUUAUUAAACCCGGAAGGCCAUAAAAGCACUCGAGUCUGGGAUAUUAGCUUCAGCGCAGCCAUAAUUAGUAGUCUCAUAAGCAAAUAAGUCAAGUGUGGGACAAGCCUUGGAAGAAGCCCAGUAUUACGCAGUCACUAUUGAACCAAAACAGAACCGUACCGAAUCGAACCUCAUGUAGAACCCACUGCACAGACAAACCAACAUAUAUUGGUGAUCCUUCUAAAGGCCUGUGGUUCCACAUUUCAGUGAUUGUGUUGCAAACACCUGGAGAGAAUUUCAUGAAAAGACAUAUAAGAGUAGUUACACAAUAAUUACAUAUUAUGGAGUUUUAAUUACUUACCUUUAUCUUUGAUAAAACUAAUUGAUUCUUAGAAGAAAACAAUAAUUUUAGAGUACACCUUAAUUAAUAUUACCAUUAUGUAUUAUGAUUAUCAAUUACCAAGCUAAUUUAAUAUAAAUCAAUUAGUAGUUUUCAGGUCUUACAUACAUAACUAUGAAUAUGAAAUAUUUUUAAAGUUGCAUCAUCUAGUAAUACGCUUAGCAACUUGUUGAAUGUUAUCUGAUAAUGGUUACUACAUGAAUGGAAAUGUUAUACAUGGCAAAAGAGCAAUAUUUUUCUAAUAAAGCAUCCCCAUAAAAACAAA